AGACCAAGCUGCUGCUCUGAGAAAAAGUGUCAGAAGAGAUAAAUAAUAGACGGGGUUUGCUUGCUUCUGAGGUGUUCACUUAGAACGUUUUAUUCUUUUAGCUCCCGAGAGCUCCUCAAUUGGUUUCACUUCCUUCGCCUCCAGCAAAACAAUCCUCAGCUGGCCUUUCAAAAUCAAAUCAAAUCUCUUUGUGACAUGUCAUCGGUUGAUGGGUGUGAGAAAAAGAAAUGAGGAUGUUGCGAGCAAUGAGGACACAAGAAGCAGUCAACAUUCAGCUGCGCAAUACUGAGACGCCUACCUCCGCCAUGCCGCGCUCGUUCCUCGUCAAGACCAAACGGACGCAUCCCCUCAGCCCACCCAGGGACCACUGCUCCAGACGGCAGGCUGAAACUAACGCCAAGGAUGGGAUUGGGCUUCCUGAAGAUGCUCCACAAACUUUACCUUCCCCAGAGAUCAGAAACCCUGUGACUGAUGGACCGGCAAACUGCUCCUACAGAACCCCAAAAGACAAGCUCUGGCCUUCAGCCGCUGUGGAGAAGGAAGACCGUCCCACGCCAGUCGCACCAUGGUCGCCUGACCGACAACAAUCUGACCGAGAGAGAGAGCUGGAGAGGCUCGUCUUCUUGUUGCUCAACCACACGUCGCACACUGACCUCAAAUCACCGGUCAGGGAUUGUCCGCUCUGUGAAAAGUCUCUUUCAGAUAUCCUAAUGUCAGGGAGUCUGCGAGACCAAGUGUACAACACCCUCUCCAUCCCUUUGUCGAGAUCCCUGGCUGCUGCAGACAUAUCCCAUGUGCCCUUUGGUUUCCAAGCAGUUGGCAGCUACAGCAGAGCAAAGGAGCGAAGCUUUGGCUGCAAAGUGUGUGGAAAAGUCUUCAAGCGCUCGUCCACCCUGUCCACUCACCUCCUCAUCCACUCCGACACGCGGCCUUACCCCUGCCAGUACUGCGGCAAGAGGUUUCACCAGAAGUCUGACAUGAAGAAACACACCUUCAUACACACAGGAGAGAAACCACACGUGUGCAAGGUGUGCGGUAAAGGAUUCAGCCAGAGCUCCAACCUCAUCACCCACAGCCGAAAGCACAACAGCUACCGGCCUUUCAGCUGCUCCCGCUGUCAGCUCACCUUCCAGCGCAGGGUGGACCUACAGCGCCACCAUGAGACACAGUGCGCCUAUGGAGAGGUGUACAGCCAAAGCUGAGCACAUCAAGCUGAACUUUUUUGUUUGUACAUAACUUUGACAAUCUGUGUAUAAUGUUUAAAUGAAUAUACAGUUUGUACAUUUGUUUACAUGACUAAAGACUAAUGUGACUU